UGCUAAAAGGUCAACACAAUCCGUUCAUCAUCAUCCGGUUCGCGGUUGAGCCGGCGUGUCAGUGAAAAUGGCAAACGCAACCGAAAACGGCAUCGAUCUGGAAUGUUUUCUCGUUACAAAACACUCGUGGAAGGGAAAGUACAAGCGCAUCCUGUCGAUCGGAUUGACCGGCGUAUCGACGUACAAUCCGGAUAAAUUCGAUGUCACCAACCGGUGGCCGUACGGUGAGGUGAUCAGUGUACUACCGAACCGAUCCGGCAAUACGGCAUACGAAUUUGUGCUGAAUCUACGCAAAGACAAAAAGAUCGACACGAUCAAGCUUUCCUCCGAAAACCGCAACGAGAUUCUCACGUCGUUGCUGAAAUACCACAAAGAGUUCGCUGAGAAACCGAAACAAACUCUGAAAUUCAAUGCCUACAAACAUCAUUGGUCUGGUACAACGCUGCCAACGUUGUUGGAAGUUACGCCAGCUUCGUUGGAUCAGCUAGACCCUACUACCAGUACGGUGCUGGCCAGCUACAACUACAAGGACAUCGAUGGAAUCAUCGGCAUUCAGGAUUAUCCGAACGGUAUUGUACUGGCGUACGGCGGCCACAGUCGGUUACAUCUGUUUCGCGUCGAAAACAAUCACGAAGUUGUGCAAAUGAUCGUACAGAACGCGCAGCAGUAUCUUGGCAUCGACAUCAAGGUGCUGAAGAAGCAAAUAUCGCUAGAACAGUUCGAACAGCAGCGCUUCGGUGCGUACAGUGGCGAUCAGCAUCACACAUCCAUGUCGGAGUUUACUGUUCAGAAGAUCACUCCUCGUCACUCGGAACCGAUGCGACGCAUACUGUGCCUAACCGAUACAACCGUUCUCGAGCGUGAUCCACAAACGUACAGCAUCUGUACGUUGCGGCCGCUUGACAACAUUUACGCGCUUGUACGGCAUUCAGACAACAUUCAGAAGUUUUCGAUCGAAUACAAGAAUGGGCUCGUACGAUCAUACAUUACAAACGAUCGAGACUCGCUGCUGGCGACGCUGCUUGAUGCGGUACGAUCCUGCGGAAAUCAGGAUGUGCAUGUGCGUAUCUCAAACACACCACGUGGUAAAAGGGUCGGCCCGCUGACGGUGAGUGUAGACGAGGAAACGGAAGCGAAUCUGCUGCGCUACAUCAUCAGUAACUAUCAGUAUCCGGUGAAGCGCAUUGAUGUGAUGGAGCGAUUCAAUGCGAACAUUCCGUACAGCGGUUUAAAUUACAGCGUAACUCAAGAUAGUAUUUUUGCAGAAAGUAAAGAGCGACUGAUAACGGGUGCACUGCAGGCCUUAAUUGGCAGCAAGGAAGAUAAUGCUCAACUAAACAACGUUGAGCUAGAGGCUUCGUUUCACGUGCUUCGCCGGCUGCUGGCAAGUAAGGUUGGCUUUGCUGCAUUUACGAAUCUCCCAGGAUUUCGGGAAGCAAUCGGACUGAAGGUUGUGCACGCCCUCAAACGCAACGAUCUUGCUGUGACGUACGCCGCAAUCGAUAUGAUCAACUCGCUCAUGCACUCCGAUCAUGAUCUGAAACAGGAACAGCUGAACAAAUCAUCGCUGCUACACACGAAGGCCUUUCUAGAGCAGUUGCUGGACAUGUGGAGCAAACAUGUGAACCUUGGCAGUGGAGCCCUCGUGCUUUCGGCUAUGUUGGACUUUCUGACGUUCGCAUUGUGCGUGCCGUACAGUGAGACGACCGAUGGAAAGCAGUUCGAUUUACUACUCGAAAUGGUUGCAUCAAGGGGCCGUACAUUGUACAAACUGUUCCAACAUCCGUCGCUGGCGAUUGUCAAGGGCAGUGGAUUGGUAAUGCGCGCCUUGAUUGAAGAGGGUGAUGCGCCCAUUUCGACCCAAAUGCAAACGUUAGCGCUGGACGAGGCGGCGCUUUGCCGGCAUUUGCUGGUAGCGUUGUACACGCCAACUAACGAUUCCACUAUGAUCACACAUAGACAGUUGUCGAGACAUCUGGUUGGUCUAUGGAUAACUGAUAGUGACGAUGCAAUGAAUCUUUUAAAACGAAUAUUCCCGGCUGGAUUGCUAUCAUUCCUUGAAAGUGAAGAAGCGGUCCCGAAGGAAGAUGUCGAGGAAGAUAAGCUGAACUUUCGAGAUAAUCUGAAGCUGGCAGUACAACAUUCCGGCAACAAUAGCAAACAACGCCUGAACUACUUAAUCGAGAAACACCUGGAGGGCAUCAAGCACUGGGGCAUGAAUUUGCUCGAUGUGCGUCAAGAGAAGUUGCAGCAAACGCAAAAGAACCGUCCGAUCGUGUUGCGUAACCGGCGCCAGAAGAAAAAGGUUGGCGAUCAGGUGGUCAAUUUGCCGUUGUUUUUCUACCAGUUUGGUAAAAACCAUGCCAUGCCGAACUUAAUUUGGAAUCACAAAACUCGUGAGGAACUGCGUUCGGCGUUGGAAAACGAAUUGCGGCAAUUUACGGCCGACAAGGACCUUGCGGGCAGCAUGCUGGUGGCUUGGAAUUACGAUGAGUUCGAGGUGCAGUAUCAGUGCCUGGCGGACGAAAUUAAGAUAGGUGAUUACUACAUUCGUUUGCUGCUAGAGCGAGAUGAUUGGCCGCAAAAUUUGGUUAAAAAUCCCAUCGAGCUGUUUAAUGCAUUGUAUAGGCGAGUGUUGUGCCGUAACCGUUUGAAUGACGAUCAGCUUACGGUGACUUCAUUGCAAGCGCUUGCAAAGGUGUACAAACGGUACUACGAAGAGAUAGGUUACUUCAGUGAUAUGCCAUACAUUCUCCAAAUGUUAGAUAGGUGUCUUUCUCCUGCGCUUCGUGACGCAUUAAUAAUAUUGAUAAAGAACCUAGUACUGCACAAAUCAAACUGUCGUCCGCUGACCGAUCAUGUCAACUAUCUGGUGGAUUUGAUCACGCUGGCACACCUGCACAAAGGACGCGCAACAUUAAACACCAAAACGAACGUCAUCGAAGCUGGUCCGAACAUGAAGUUGCACGAGGAGAAAGACUGGUACUACAAUGUGGAGCGCGAGAACGAAAAGCCGGAACGUUGUGGGCCGGUCACAUUCUCCGAGUUGAAGGAACUCUGGUCCAAAGGUGUUUUGACACCACGCACGCGCUGCUGGGCGGUGGGAAUGGAUGGGUGGCGUUCGUUGCAACAAAUACCUCAGUUAAAGUGGUGCCUCAUGGCAAAGGGCACACCAUUGUUUAACGAAACAGAACUAGCGCAACAUGUGCUAGAUAUCCUUAACAAGUGUACUAGCUUUUUCCCGAGUCGAGCACGCGACGGUGAAGCCGUUCUGAUUCCAGGGCCGCGAUUGUCGCGCAAACUGUCAGAAUUUAUCUGCCUACCGCAUAUAGUGCAGGUUUGUCUGACGCACGAUCCGGGUUUACUUGAACGUGUGGCGACAUUGCUGUGCCAGAUCAUGGAGGAUAACCCGGAGAUGUCGAAGGUGUAUCUGACGGGAGUGUUUUACUUCAUGCUUAUGUAUACCGGUAGCAAUAUCCUGCCGAUUGCACGUUUCCUGAAGAUGACGCACAUGAAACAAGCGUUCCGCAGCGAAGACGGUAGCUCGCAGUCGGGAAUUAUGCACCGAAGCAUACUUGGCCAGCUGCUGCCGGAAGCGAUGAUCUGCUUCCUGGAGAACCAUAGUGCCGAAAAGUUCGCCGAAACGUUUCUGGGCGAAUUUGAUACGCCAGAGGUAAUAUGGAGUUCAGAAAUGCGUCGCAUGCUGAUCGAAAAGAUUUCUGCCCAUAUAGCUGAUUUUACGCCCAAGCUCAAAGGCCACACGAUGGCCCGGUAUCCUUACUUGGCGAUACCGGUUAUAAGCUAUCCACAGCUAGAAAACGAGCUGUUCUGUCAUAUCUUUUAUCUUCGACAUCUGUGCGAUACCACAAAGUUUCCGAACUGGCCCAUACCUGAUCCGGUACAACUGCUAAAGCACACUUUAGAUGCGUGGCGUAAGGAAGUUGAAAAGAAGCCUUCCGAAAUGACCGUAACACAAGCGUAUCUUGAUUUGGACUUUGACGUCAGUAAAAAUCCCCACCCAGAGGAGUCUGCCAUUCGGAAGGCUUACUAUCGUUUGGCUCAAAUGUAUCAUCCAGAUAAAAAUCCCAAUGGAAGGGAAAUAUUUGAACGUGUCAACCGUGCCUACGAGUUUUUGUGCUCACGGAACGCACUCAACACUGAUGGACCCAAUCCGAGCAAUAUCGUACUAAUUCUACGCACCCAGUCGAUUCUAUUUGAACGCUAUUCAGAAGAACUUCGGCCGUACAAAUACGCUGGAUACCCGCAGCUUAUCAAGACGAUACGGUUGGAAACGAAGGACGAUCAGCUGUUCUCCAAAACGGUUCCACUGCUCAGUGCGGCGUCCGAACUGUGCUACCAUACGGUACACUGUUCUGCACUGAAUGCAGAGGAACUGCGGCGUGAGGAAGGUAUCGAGGCACUGCUGGAUGCAUACUCACGUUGUGUCUCUAUAAUGGGUGUAGAUUCCAAGCGUGAUUCGCUACAUUACGAAGUGAUUUCAAACAUAACACGCUGCUUCGAUGUGGCUUGUUGCUUUGAUAGCUGCCGGAAGAAGAUUCUUGAGCUGCCACAGCUCAUUGCUGAUGUGUGCCGAGUAGUUUACUUUAAGCAUUCACUUUCGGUUAGCUUAGUUACGAGCUUGGCAGUAAACAACAUUGAGCUGCAAUGUAAUCUCGUGCGCAACGGUGUACUUUGGUCAUUGAUGAUGUUCCUGUUCGACUACGAUUACACGUUGGAUGAAAGCGGUGUAACAUCGGAGGAAAAAUCCAACACACAACAAGUAGCGAACAAUCUUGCCAAACUCUCGUUGCUUGCAUGUGUUGCAUUAGCUGGGUACAGCAUGACGCUGGUAGAUGACCCGAAGACAGCCGUAUUAAAGGCGACAACGGGUGCUAAAGGCAACAGUAGCAGUCCCUCGAUCCUGCGAAGUGAUUCACCGCAAACUGUUGCAACAAGGCAAGCGAGCCAGACGUAUUCGCAAAACGCAUCGAAUUUAAUACAGAAUAACUCGAGCUUGAUUCAGUCAGUUGCCAAUAUUGAUAAGGCGCUGCAGGAGAAGAAAACCAGUGAAUCUGCCGUUGUAGCAACUGGUGAAGAGGCGGAACUACCGGUGGAAUGUGAGAAAGGCUUGCAGAAUAAGAAGUACAAAAUAAGCAGCGUACAUCCACCUGCGAACACGGUGGUAAAACUCAUACUGGACCAGUUGCUAACACCAUACGUGGCUGGCAAGAUGGUGUCGGAUACUGAGCAGAACGUGCUGAAAAUGUUGAAUUCGAAUACACGCAAUCCGUACCUCAUAUGGGACAACGGAACACGGGCACAGCUGACAGAUUUUCUCGAACAUCAGCGAACGGUUGCCGCAAGGGAGCAGUACGAAGAUGUGGGAGAAAUUAACGAGCUUGUGCAAGGUUUCUCAUACGAUGCACAUCGCGACGAGCUUAAGAUCGGGGGAAUUUUCAUCCGCGUCUACAACGAAAUGCCAACGUUUACGAUCACCAACCCAAAAAGUUUCGUGAUAGACUUGUUGGAGUUCCUCAAGCAGGGCUACAAUCACCUGCACGGAACAACGGUCCCGAAUUCCAGUGGUAAUUCGACACCGACAGCGGCUAACCAGGCUAUGGCGGGUGGAAUAUUGGUUCCAACAAAAGCUUGGAAACCGAUGGUACCACCACCACCGGCAAAGCGCACUGCUGGCCUGCAAUCUCCGGUAACUACCCCCGGAAGUGAUAUCAGCGCCGUGUUGAGCGAAUAUGCCCGUUCAAAGCAGCGCAAUCAGCUGGAACGCUCAUCCGGCAGCUUCGAUGCGGGUUCCACCCACCGGUACGAUUUCUCUAACAAUCCGAAUGCAAUCAAACAUAUGCUAAUGGCGCUGCAGGCCCUCAUUUCGGUAAUCAAAUCGAAUACUAACGUAGAAAUCCAAUGUAUUGGGCAUUUUGAGAUGCUUUUUGGGUUACUGUCCACGAGCGAAUGCGGACAGGAGAGUCGUACGAUCAAGACACUCGCCCUCGAGGUCGUCUGUUUGGUGUCAAGAAACAAGGAAUGCGUUACGGAGAUCGCAGCUUGUGAAAUCGUAGGCCGGUAUCUAAUCGUGCUGAAGGAUCCGGAUUUGCGCGAACAUCAGCCACGCGUUUUGGAGACGCUCUCUGGGUUGCUUAACGUUCCUAAAAUGAUAAAAGAAGCACACACUAAGGGUGCGGUUAUCUAUCUGCUGGAUCUGUUCUGCAACUCGAACAAUCCCACUAUUCGGGAGCAGUGUGCGGAACUGCUGGCAAAGAUGAAUGCAGACAAACUGAGUGGUCCGAAGGUGCGCAUCACGAUGUGCAAGUACCUGCCACCCGUAUUUCUGGACGCCAUGAUCGAUUCCACCUCCGUGGCAGUACAAAUGUAUGAAUCAAUCCACGAACAUCCGGAGCUAAUAUGGAACGACGAAAUCCGAGCGAGCGUAUCUGAUGCGGUCCGUGAUAUGGCGGAUAGUUUCUAUGUACAGCAGAAGCGCAACCCGAAAGCGGCUUGGCGAGAUCCCGAAAUUUUGCCGGAGCUGCUCUCAAACGAACUGGUUGUGUCCGGAGUGUAUCUGAGGCUGUACGUGUCAAAUCCGGGUUGGACGCUGCGCAAACCGAAACAGUUCCUGGCCGAUCUGCUUGACUUCAUUGUGGACAGUAUCAACCGUAGCGGAAUGGACAAGGAUGUAUUGGAUUUAGCUACAACGGCACUGGUGUUGUUGCUGAACGCUCAGCCGAAUCUAGCCGACUCAAUACCCGUUCUUGGGCACAUACCGAAAUUUUUCCGCCAGCUUUCCGUUCAGCCAAAGAGUGCCCUCACAGUAUUGCAUCAGCUUUCCCUGUCGGAGAUUUGUGUCAGCGCUAUAUCGCAGACGGAAUGUAUACCUUCGUUGAAAUCUUGCAUGGAGCACCAUCGAGAUCUGACGGCAACUGCUUGCGAAACUUUGAGUCGAUUGUUCAAAUGUCAACAUGAUUCACUUAUACGUCAAUCACUAGAAUGUCAAUUAAUUCCCUACCUGGUCGCGUUACUCGACAGCCGCCUAGUGUUGGCGAACAAUCCAGCGAUGGUAAAGGCGCAGAUUGUUGCCGCUCUUAAAGCGAUGAGCGCGAACCUUACGUACGGUGAUCGAGUCACGCAUCUGCUCAACCAGUAUCCGAUCUGGGCAGAAUACCGUGAUCAGAAGCACGAUCUCUUCAUAACCGAUACCGAUGUGCGAGGAUAUCUAAUGGGCGCACCAAAUACGACGGCCGGUUAUCUGACGCAGGGUCCGGCCAAAAAUGUAGAAGUGCUCACCUCGUCACCUCCGAUCGAUCGAGAUGAUCCACUGUUUGCGCGUAGCAACAGCAGCGGUGGCAGCGUGUAGUAUCUCACAUCCCAAACGACCUUAACAAAGUUUUGAUCGAUUGCUUAUUGAGUCGUUCCCUAUUGGCAGCGUAGUGCAUGGUGUGAAAAGCAAGAAAAGGUGGCAAGAAACAUACAUGACGUCGUAUUUCAUUAUACGAUGUAGUAUAUAGCGGUGCACUACGUUUAUAGCAACAACAACCAACACUCAUUUCACACUUUAUUUAAUCACCUUUAGUGUAGCUUAUCUUCGUUUCUUCCCUCUCCUCAUAUUCUGUUGUAAUGUGAUAUUUUAUACUAGCAAAGAGAAAACUGAAAUUAUAUUAAAAAAAAACACAAAAAGCAAACACAAAACGAUACAAAGCAUAACUUUUCGCGCA